AUGGAGGAGAUGUUUCAUUUUGUGUUCGAUGAGAACGGGCUGCGGUGUGAAGAUGUCUUCUCCGAUUGUGUCAUGACGAAAUGCUGUGAUCACUUCAGACCUCACUAUGUAAUGCUUCGUGGGAGAUGUCCUGUGGGAACGGUCUUCAGCACAGUGUCUGGACUGGUCGGUCUUCGUGAUCAUACUGCUGAGUAUUCCAGAUGUAUGCGCUUGGACAACUACUACCAAACGUCCGGUGGCCAGUCGAGCGCGUUACAAAUGAAUUUCAAGAAACCCAACAGUCUUCUCAUUGACGGCACACAGCAGGUUAGGAUUUAUAUGUGCUCCGAUAAUGUUCAAUUCCACCCAAAUCGGUGUGAAUGCAAGCAAGUCUCAAAAAACAGUAAGGCCCUGCCCUGCGAGUGUCAACUUCAAUUCUUCCUACAGCGCCAAUACGUCAUAUACUUCGGCGACGAAUGGCCGGAAAUUGCAAUCUUUCCUCGAAUAUAUGUUACUAAAGACGAACUUGUGCUCGCAAAUGUUCAGCUGAGGAAGGUGAAAAUGAUGCCGAGAAGGGACGUCUGCUCAACAGAUAAAUAUCGCAAAGGUCGCGCCACGUGCUAUGUUAAUCGAUGGCUAGAGGAGAAUCUCCUACGUCCACUCAAUUGUACUCUUCCGUCAAUGACAGACUUACGAUCUGCGAAAGGCUACGAAGUUUGCAAUGCACACGUUGUCGUCAAAAACUACCGUCAGAUCAUCACUGCAAACACUCUUCGGAAUAGGUGCGAACCAAAUUGUGAUCGAUGGGAUCGAGGCUUUCAGUACUGGUCAUCUGUGGAAAAGAUUCUCGGCGCAUUCCGCCUCGACGUAUUUUAUGGCGACCUCAGUGUGAGUGCUUUGACGUGA